GACUUGCCUCUUCAGUACACGUGGAGUGUGUGGGAGCAAGUAACCUCGGACGGCAAGGUUGAUGCAAACUACUCACAGAGGACGCAGAAGGUGGCGAGCUUCGGCACAGUCCAGGAUUUCUGGAGGCUGUGGAACCAUGUGCCGCAGCCCAGUACACUGCUCGAAUCCAAGCGGAUUGUGCGAGAGCAGCAUGACGGACUGCACGUGAUCGAUGCGCUCAUGAUUUUCAGAGACAGCAUCCGUCCUGAGUGGGAAGACCCAAUGAAUGCCAAAGGCGGCCACUUUCAGUUCCAACUGAAGCCUGGAGCUGGUCCCGGUCAAAUCGACGAGUAUUGGAACAAUUUGGUGCUGGGCAUCAUUGGGGCAACAAUCGAGCCGCCGAAUAUGAUCACAGGAGUUCGGCUCGUGGACAAGCUCUCCGGGCCUCGGGCCGCCGGUGUGCUCCGUAUUGAGGUGUGGUUCACCGAGUCCGAUGACAAGGAUGCUGUUGGAGCGCUGAGGAAGAAUGUCGAGACCUGCAUGGCACAAAAGCUGGAUGGUGGGAAGGGCGCGGUGCGCCACUGA